AUGUGGCAACAUGAUGUGACAAUCCUAAUUUGUGACCACAUCCCUUGCCUCACAGUGACAGAUCCAGCUGGUGGUUUCUCCCUGCUUGCUGAGCGUUUCCACAGCUGCCUGCUGAGAGGAGCAGGAGGAGGAGGAGGAGGAACCAUGAUUGAUCUUAGCCACCUGACGGAGGAGGAGCAGGGGGUGAUAAUGUCGGUGCUGAGGAGGGACGCUGAUCUGAAGAAGGCAGAGGAGGAGAGAAUCAGGAAACUGGAGAAAAUUCUGGUCAGCGGCUCGCAGCCAGACACUGAACUAAAGUACCUGACUGGAGAAUGGUUUUACGAGGCCAAGUCACGCAGACACAUGGACAAGAUCCACGGCUCGGAGAUCAUCCUGGCCUCCAUGAAACCGAGGAAAGCUGGUUUAGAUGGUUCUCUCCGAAUGGAAAGAUCCAAGACCCCCAGCAGUCGAGGCUCAGACACCGGCCCUCCACCAAAACCUGCCAGAUGUUGGGAUGCACUCCAGCCGCAGGAGAUCAACGAUGCAGAAAAAGAGAAUCUGAAUUCAGCGGUCCGCUCUCCAAGAACGCCGAGACACAACCCUUUCAACCGCGCUUCCCUUAUUGUUGUUGAGCCACCAGAAAAUAAUGAUGAUACGUCAGCCAGUCGGGACCAGGCGUCUGCUGAGACAGAGCCCAUAUUUCCACUGAAGAGCCACCCAGCGGAGGCCAGUCAGACCCCAGGGGGCUCCAUCACAUCAGAGAGCUCCUCUCUGGGUUUCAGGCCAGUGCCAAAGAAGAGGACCUUCCUCUCCAGACGAACCUCCAGACAGUCAGAAAGCAGCAGCCUGCUGUCGGACCCUCAGGGAGAGUCAGCGGAGGUAGUUCCUGCCCCGAGACAGAGCCUCCAGCGAGGGUCCAGUGAGAGCUCCAACCAGUCCAACCUGAAGGACCAAGACGAAAAGCCGAAAAGUGUUGCUUCUAAUCAGCAAUCUCCGCCUGCUCAGCCAUCCAGAGCUCUAGAUGAAAACUCCCAGCAGCCUCUCCGUGAAGUAUCUCAGGUUUCGUCUAAUUCCAGUCUGGAGAGAGAAAGACCCCCACCUUCCAUAACAAGAGACAGACCAGCCACAAACACCAGGAGUGAUGUGUCCGCUGACAGAGAGAUGCCACUGAAGAGCGAUGAACGAGAUGAUCGGACACAGAGAGAACACGCGGCGAUGAACGCCGUCGUCCUGCACCCCGGCAGCAUUCAGAGUUCAGGCAGGGGAAACAACAGCAGCGUGGGAACAACAAUGAGGCAGGGAGAGCUGAGUCUGCCGCAAAGCACUGUGGAUGCAGAUCCUCCGGUAUCUUAUGAUCUCAACUACAUUGAUAAGUCUGAUCACCAAACACAGAGGAAAACAAAUCAGAAAAACGCGUUUCAGUUAUCGACUCAGACCAGCAGUCCCACCGGUGAUGAGGAGGACUCCAUCGCGAAGGUGCUGGACUGGUUCAGCCGCAGCACGGACAGCCUUGAUUGGCUGAAGACAGAGGACGGUCCAAAGGCCACAAAGACCUCUGACAAACGUGAAGAAAUCAGCAAAGUACGAAGCGAAGAUUCAUUACGAAAAGAUGCUGGGGAUAUUCAAAUCGAUCGGACGAAUGAAACUCUUGAAAUGAGGAGAAAUCACUUACAAAGACAGGCCAAUGAGGCUAAAGAGUUAAGAGCGACAGACAGAGAAACACAAGAGGAGGUGAAGGAGGAUAACAGAGACAGAAUGCCGCCACAGGGAGUUAAAGAUAAUAACGAUGAAAGCCAGCAAGCCCCGAUCUCUCAUCUGAAGUCAUUCUGGGAGAAAAGUAACACGGGACCUAAAAUACUUAUCAGCAAAUCAAUCACGCCCGGUGACAAAGGACAAAAACCUGGUCACCUCUCAGCGGAGAAAGACGAGGAGAAAGUGAAUAAAUCUCACAAAGCGCCUGAUAUUCCCUCUGUGCCUGGAAUAUACAACGGGAAGGGGAUUUAUGAUAAGUCUGCCUCAAAUCAUGGGGAUGAAAGAGAACAACAGAGAGACAUUGGAGGCAGUGUUCACUUAAAUUAUAACCAGGAGGACUCAACAUAUAACUCUGAUUAUUUAAAGGUAGCGGCCAGUCCACAGGUAGCAGACAGAAGAGGGUCAGACACUGAGAUUUUAAGCGUUACCAGACUUAAUCAACAGCCAAGGACGCCCAUCCAGUCCAGUCCAGUACCAGAGAGUAUUUCCAGAGAAACCUCACUGCUAGAUGAUGAAAUGACUAUUCCUGCAUCUCAGCUAGAUACAGAUCCAGACUAUGAGAAGCUCUAUUUGUCCAGGAACAGCCCAUAUAUGGACUACAAGCAGAGCGAUGUGCAAGUAACACCUAAAACACAGAUGCGUAGAGGUUCAAGUGAAGAUGUAAAGAGAACAGACAGUGAAGAUAAAAGUGGGCAAUCAAGCAGAAUCAGCAGUCCUCACCCAAACAGACCGAGUUUACCGCAUCAAGACAGUACUGCAGAGAAGAUAAAGCAGCUGAAAUCUUUCUGGGAGCAGGAGUGGAGCAAGCCCAAACCUAAAGCUCUCGGUGAUGGUAAAGUCGCCCGUGGUGCAAAUCAAUCAAAACUCAAUAAAAGAUACACAAAGUCCGAGUACGAUCUGACGUCAGUUGGGAAUGAUUCAGGCAGCGAUGCCGAAGAUAGAAAUCAUCACAAUUUUACAGUUCUUCCUUUGAAUCAGAGAAUAGAUAAGUCGUCCCCGAGCCUGGGCGCAAGCCGAGCACAGUUUAACACUCUGCGUGAGUUCUGGGGCGAGGCCGCGUCAGAUAACAAGGGCUCCUUUGGCUUCGACAAACCCAAAAGCCCCAAAAGAAAAGAGCCAGUAAGUACCCAGCUUUCCUCUCAGGACCCAGAGGUUUACAGUGUGUCAGAGAAAACAAGAUCAUCCGUCAUGAAAUCAUCUCCACCUCCUCAGAAUCGAUCAAAGUCGCCACAUGAUAGACAAACGGGGUCACGAGCAGCUAAUGAUGGCAAAAACAACCUGUCUAAUUAUACUGAGUCUAAAAGGAGCUCAAAAGACUCUAAUAGAGAAGAGAAAUCCACAAAAUCCCAGAUUAGUUCAGGAAAAGAGAUUCGUUCUCCAACAAGAAGAAAAGACAGCUUUAGCAAUUCGAGCAGCCGUGGGAAUACUAUGCGCCGGGCCACUAGCAUGUUCGCUCUGAGCGUUCCUGAUGAAAAAGAGCUUAAAAUGGAUGUUAGCCCCGUCCAUUCCCAGAGCAGAAAGCAGAGGCAGAACGCGGGCGCAUCGCCGAGGAGAUCACCAGAGGAAACGCCACGUGCACGGGCAUGUGUUCCCAGAGACUUCCGCCAUUACCUCGGCAUGACGGACAAGACCAGCGUCCACACGUCCCUCGCCCCGGCUGUGAAGGACGAGGGCUCGGAGGGGUACGACUUUGAUAUGGGCGGGCCGGUGAGGGCCAGCACUCCGGUGAGCUCGGAGGAACGCUACAGCAGGAAGGGCAGCAAGAUGAGCCAGCGCCCCCUGUGGGCAAACUACAGCAGCUCAGACGCAGGGCAGGAGUCGUCUGUGAGCAGCACGUCAGAAACCUGGUCCAACUCCAGGACCAGUUCAAACCGUGAGCACCAGCUUAACUUCUUUUGGUCGUUCUUACAGUGUAAUAUGAAUGCCAAAAGCGUAUUUAUACUGUUUCUCCGGCUGCCUUAA